UCUUAUUAUUAACAAAAGGAAGAAAUCUACUAGGGCUUCCUUCUCAGAUGACUUUUCGUGGAUCAACCGGCGGCGGCAUUAAGGUUUCGAUAUUGCACGGCGGAGAUUCGGUAAUGGAGAAAUAUCCCGAGACGAAAAAACGGAUCAAUAAGAUGCGCAAACAACUCGAGAAAUUUGAGGUGGAGAAUCCGGAACAGAGAAACCGGAUCACUAAGAUACGCAGGCAUCUCGAUAAACUGAUAAAUAAAUUGGAAGAAGAGGACGAAGAAAAAGAAGAGGAGGUUUUAGACGAGAUUUCUAACUGCUAUUGGAAACCCGAUGUGCAACCUACCCCCAUACGACGUCGUCUUUCCGAUAUGGUCCUCUAUGACCGACGAGAUUCCACUGCCAGCACUUAUCCCAAUAGAAUGCGACUACUAAAAAAUACUGCCAAACUAGCGAUUGGUUACUUCAACAAACAAAGUCCCAUCAGAUACUCUGUGCUGGAUUUGGUCAGAGCAACCCAACAUGUUUGCGCGGGUCGUUAUUUCCGUUUGACGUUUACCGCCAAGCCCGAGGGUUCUGAAGAAACCGAAACUUUCGAAGCAAAGGUUUGCUACCGAAUCGGUCAAAUUGAUGUAGAUUUUGUCAAAAUUGUGGCCACUUAGCUGAUACAGGGGUUUGUUGGUUGGUUGAAAACAGGUUGAAUAUAGUAAGUGGUGUUGCUUUUCAUGUAAUCAGAGUUGUGAACUACAUUUGUCUCUUUACGCAUUUGUGUUCUGAACUAUAUUUAUCUUUAUGUAUUAGGGCUGUGUGCAUCUAGAAUUUCUUUUUAUUUGACAAUAUUUUGAUGGCAAUGCCUAGAACAAUGAUGUCAAGCUUAUUUAUGUCGAUGAUUUGCUUCUAUUAAUAGUCUUAUGUCGAUGAUUUGCUUCUA